AUGACAUCCCCUCAUCUUGAUCCUAUUCCUGCCACUUCCAGCCCGGAUAAUAAAAGUCAUAGCUCUGGCGAGAAGAAUGCUCAGCCAGCCGGGGUCGAAUGUAAUCAAUCACAGCGUUUGGCUUUUAUUCGUCUCAUGGUAGCUUAUCUCUGCCUAUGUCAUGCCUACUUCAUUUCAUAUCUAGAUAUGAAUUCUGUCAUCACCUCUUUACCAACUAUUGCUGAAGCCUUAGAUGCAGGUCCUACCGUAACCUGGGUAGGAACAGCAUAUCUCUUGGGUCAAACAACCUUUCAACCUCUCUAUGGCAGAAUAUCUGAUAUUACUGGUCGCAAGCCGCUCCUAUUAUUCUCUAUGGGUUGUGUAACCAUUGGCGGCCUUCUUUGUGGGACGAUCAGUGACAUUGGCGGAGGUGGUAUCAGCUCCUCCAUUGCUAUUAUACCUUUGGUCGCGGGGAAAUACCAAGGAUUUGCCAGCUUGACCAUCGGUACUGGAGCUGCAUCAGGACCAUUUGUGGCUGCCAGCCUUAUACAAACAUUUGGGCACAACGAUAGGUGGAGAUGGGCUUUUUGGGUCCCUGCUAUUCUCGCUGCCUUCUGUUUCACACUUCUCCUGUUCUUUUUACCACUGAACCCAGUUUCUGGUGGUUUUGGUGAGAAGAUUCGGAAGAUUGACUGGCUAGGUGUCAUCACUUCGGUCCCUGUUAUCGUUCUGGUAGUUAUGCCAAUAAACUCGGGCGGAAGUAUCUGGCCUUGGGACAAUGUGAAAGCUAUUUUGAUAUUGUCUAUCGGUAUUGUUUGUCUUCUUCUUUUUAUAGCUAUUGAGGCUUUUGUAGCCAAGAUUCCUAUUAUCCCAUUGCGAUUGCUCAAAACGAAAUCAGCACUAGUACUGAUCCUUUCGGGCUUUCUCCAUGACUUUGUCUGGCAGACAACGCAGUAUCUCAUUCCUUUAUUCUUUCAAACAGUCUGCGGAUAUACACCGUUGGAGAGUGCGACGCUCAUAAUAUCCUUUCUCAUUGCCCAAGGUCUGGCAGGUGCUGCUUCGGGACCCGUCAUGGCUCGCUAUGCUAGGUAUAUACCCGUGCUGCGAUGUGGCCUAGCAGUCUGGACCCUCGGUGCAAGGUUGAAGCUCCUCUUUGGUCAGAAGACCCAUGUCUCCAUCUAUGUAGAUGUCCUAGCUAUUGUAGGAGCUGGAGUUGGAUGGGUACAUCAACCAGGGCUUGUAGCGUUGCAAGCAAACCCAACAGACGAAGAUCGUGCUGUAGCAACAGGAACUAGAAAUGUUUUCCGUUCCCUCGGUGGCGUGGUCGGAAUAGCUGUGUCUACUGCCACGUAUUAUGCAGUCUUGAGUAAGUCACUUGGCGAAGCAGUCCCAAACUGGGUCCGUGAUUCUGUUUUAGAUGGAACCUGGAGAGCCGGUGACUCGGGCACCAGCGAAUAUGAGAGCAACAUUUUGGGUGCACGUAUGGAAGGAUUUCGAGCAGUCUUUACUAUUUCGGUCCCUCUGAUAGCAUUAUGUCUCAUAGCGAGCCUACUGGUUGCAGACAUAAUACUAAAGGGCGACAACGAUAACGUGUCGGAGGAAACCAAGUCUCGUGACAGCGAGCAGCGGGUUGAGGCGCCUUGA